GGGUAGAAAUGGCGGGAUUCGCUCUUAAUAUUGUUUAUGCAGAAGUGAAACUGAAAGCACAACGAGCCGUCAGCGUCACGCUGCACUGAGAAGAAAUAGCGCUUUAUUGUUCGAGCGGAAAAAAGCUCAGAGAGGAAGUCUGAGUCUGUCUCCUCGAGACCGAUUGCAGAAAUGAGCCUUCAGGUUUGCCACUGCUGUGGUUGGACCAGAGUGACCACCCAUCACGGCCUGAGGGUCCACCAGGGCAGAAUGGGCUGCACACCGACGGGUACGAGGAUCGCAGAGCCUCAGCAGCAGUACACGUGGAAUCACGGAGGACAGACAAACGUUAAAUUGAGUUACAAGCUGGAAGUCCGGAGCGCUGUCAAAAUCGAAAGUUCAAAUUAUUAUUCAGACAUGAGCCUCCAGACGUGUCACUGCGGCUGGAAGAAAAUGACGAAUUAUCACGGCUUGAGGACCCACCAAGGAAUGAUGGGCUGCACGCCGAAGGGGCUGAGGAUCCCCAAGGAAGAGCAGAGUGCCUGGAGGCACCACUGGAAACCACAACCAGAUAACAAAACACUUCCGGUCGCAAAGAAAGUUCAUAGGAAGGAGGAGAAUUCCCCAGAAAUACCAAGGAUGGGAAACUUCAGUAACCCCACAUCAGCAGCAGAGGUCAAAAAAGAGAACAAGUCAGCCUCUUCUCAAAAAGCAACAAGGUCAAAGUCACGCCAUCAGCUGGAGGAACGCUUCACACCUUUAAAGAUUUCUGAGGAGCGCUGGAGCGCCGUCAGCUGCAAUGACCACGUAACGGCAGCAUCUAGAAUCAAGGCGGAGCCUGUGUCACCUCUAGAAGCCUGUAUUCCAAGAUACCCAGAUGACCGCAGUACAGCCUCGGCAGAGAGGAACGAGUCCUCGCUUUAUUUGCUGAUGAACCAUUGGCUCGGCGAAAUUCCAGCCGUCCAACCAGAGGACCGACACAGAUCUUUUAGUGAGCAUCCAAGCGCGCCAACUGACGUCCCGCGCGGAAAGACGGAUUCACAGUUACCGACAUCGGGACAAGGAACGCCAAGAUCUCAGCUGCUGAAAGAAAUACAAAACUGCUUAAAGAAAUAUAAAAAGAGGAGAGAUGAAAAAAUGAUGAACUCUGCUCGUGAGACUGUGGAUGAAUCAUCAAGGAUCUCAACCAACUCAGUAAUAAAAGCUGAAUCUUUGGAGAAGAACCAAUCGUGUCUUGCAGCCCAACAACAUCCACUCAAGAAACCCACUGAAACAAAAACAGCAGCUGCUGAGCAGAGAAAUGAAUCUGUCAACAAAUGUUCAACAAGUCAACCUCCGGUUCCAGCUAAGAGGAAGAGCUUACUCUCGUUCACUGGGACACCGGAGAAAGCUGAAGGAUCUUCAGCCAGCGCCAAUGGAGACAUGAAGAAAGAUAACAAGAAAGAAGAACCGGUGCAGGUGAGCCGAGCAGCGCCCCCUGUGGUGCCACCAAAGAGGAACUUGCGUUCAUUCCGAGUGAGGCAGCUGAGUGGGCGAGACAUUACUAAUCACUUGGAAAGAGCCAACAGGGAACUGAAGGUGAAAGAGCUGGUGCGGAUGUUUUCCGUCUCAGCAGCCCAGGAGAACACAGUAGGAACGGAGGAGAAACCCGGAUCAGAACACCCACGAGUAGUGAAGCUUCUCGCUCAAAGACAUUCUGCCAUGCCAGCCCAGGAAUCUAGAAUCCAACCGAAGGUGGAAGAGAGGCAGGAGAAGCGAGCAACAGACAUAAAACCUGACCUAACUCCAACAGCGGCAGCAGAGACACAGAAGGAGGCUCCGUCGUCGUCGUGUGAAGCAGCAAAGCCUGACGUUCCCACCAGCAUGAAGGUGAAGGAACUGGCUCAGAUGUUUUCGACGCAGGAAACGGCGGCCGGGCCGAAGGAGGAACGUGGCUUAGGACACAGAUCAUUACAGGUAAAACUGAUGGCUCAAAGAUUUUUACAACCCACAUCCACGGAUGCAAUAGGUCAGCUAAAGAUGGAGGAUCAUGACAGAGUACAACGAGCACAACCGAAGUUACCAGACUCGACAUGUAACCCGUCCAAAAUGAAAACUGCAGCACAAAAGCCCACCAGGCAUCAGGAACACAAACCCUCAGCAGAUGAAGCGUCUCAGGUCGCAGGUUUGUCCAGUAGGUCAAAGGUGAAGGACCUGGCUCGGAUGUUUUCAACUAGGACCAUGUAGGGAGAAGUUGUCCAACUAAAAGAGAGAAAUGAAAAUAAAAGUCAUUGCUGUAAAACGUUUUGAAGUAGAGAAGUAAGGAUUUCCAAGAGUAUCUCUCCAUGUAUGCAUCCAAUAUCAACUAUUUUUAAAAUGUAUACACUUUUGGUACAACAGCCUCACAGUUUUGGACAGAAUGGAAAUCUUUGGGAAAGGAUGAACUGUUAUAGUAGCUUGAGCAUUUAAUAGACAAUCAGGUUCUAUUCAAGUAAAAAUGGAAAAUAAUUUGACUGCUGCAGGUAAUAAGGGACAUGGACCGAAGAAUCCAAUCAUUAUUAAAAAGACUCGUCAAGAAAAUGACAUCAAAGCAAUCAGGUCAUGUUUCUGUACAGAUGUUAGCUCAAUGCUAACAACCUGUGGUUGAUUUUGCGUUGUUUUUCAACAGUUGAAAACCUUUUAAAAAGGUAAAAACAACAACACACACGUACCGUUUGCUCUUGUUUCGUAAUUGAGUGAAUGAAAAGAGAGGAAAAUAAAUCUGAAUUUGCAAGAGGAUAGAGCAGCAGUGAAAUCCAGCUAAUAGCCUGUCAUGUAGCAUGGCGGCUACUACAAGGUCACCUAAAGCUAGCGCGGCUUCAUCACCCGUUUCUGGUUGAUUCAUAUCAGACUUGACAAAUAUGACAGCACUCGAACAAAACAAACAAACAAACAAAAAAAAACGCAUUGUGCUGCUAGGCUAAGCUAACAUCAGCACGCUCAUGCUAUGCUUUGAUAUGCCUUGUUGAUGGUUUGGCUCACGGCAUACUUUAUUGCGGUUUUUGUUCGUUGGAUACCGACAAAGGUUCCUGAAAAUGUUCUCUCUCGUAAAUUUAAAAGACUCCUGUGAACAUCGUAAAAUUGAAUGAAGAGUGUUUCAGCUGCUUUCUGUGAUCAAGGAACACCCGGUGUUCACAGAUAUGUUGUAGCAAAUGUGGAACUGAUAACAGUGCAGAGGUCAUCACCGUGUAGGUAUUUGACAGCUUCCCAACUCCCCUGCAGGUUUGAAUGGGAGUUAAUGUAACUUCUGAUGUUUUUGAUUCAAUGAAAUAAGCAAACAAAUGGGUUGUGUGGGUUUCAGGUCCUUGUACAGAGGCUCGGCAGAGAUUAGGAGUUGAGAGGCGUCAGCGUGUACACACAUGCAGGAAUGGUCUGGCUUUAGGAGUUGAACCGAAACGCUGACACUCAGGUUGAGCUGCUUCCUGUUCCAACUGAGUGGGAGUUGCUAGCAACCAGAUGGGUUGUUGUCUGGGCGUGUCACGCCGCAAAGGGAAACAAACAACAACAACAAAAGCAGCCUUUCAGUAUAAUUCGUCAGCUCAAACAUGCACCAGCCGGAGUUCUUGGGUUUCCAUUUCCCUUGAAAGAGAAACCACGGUGGUGUGGUUUCUUUUCUUUCUUACGUCUGAUGGUUUUCUUGUUGUUACAGAAUUUGUUAUUGAAUUAAGCCUCGAUUCGGUUUCACAACAGCGGUAGCGCGUUAGUUACCAUGGUGAUUUAUCUUGUGCAGCUAGCCUGCUUAGCCAGCGGUCACGCCGAUCAAAAACCAAUGAGUUUUGUCCGUGUUCUGUCACUUUUGUAUCAGUUAUUUUUUUAAGUCUGCCCGUAUGAAAAUACCACUGAUUCAUCUUGGCUUUCAAGUCCCACAUUACCAUGGUCACCUGCACCUUUAUCGGUUUUAUUGUUACGGUUCGACUGUGUUUGUGAAUAUGGCUGUUCUAAGUAUAUUGGAAAUAACAGAUCUUAAAUUAAAAUCACGUUUACGACUUCAAAUACCUUCAGCUUAGCACACAAUUAAAAAAUGCACAGUCUAAUUCUGACAAUGUUUAAAACAUGAAAUUAUUUACAUCAUAAACAUACCUCAUGUCUAUCGAUUGGGCUGCUAAUAAUGUAAUAAUCGUUACAACUUAAUGUGUCUUUUGAGUGAAGCUGUCUUUAGGGUGAAGGCUGAAGAACAUUAUUGUAUGAAUGUUUAGGACAUUUUGAUUGUUACAACUUUUUUUUUAUUACUGUGUUGAAGGUUGUGUGUCCUAUUCCAUGACCUGCUCCUUGUUUUGUCACAUUAUAAAAAUGUUACUUAUUUGCUCCUACAGAAAUGUUGCUUGUUUGUUCCCAUUGUUUCUUUGCAGUUUUCCCAUUGUGUUUUCUACCAGAAACAUAACCCGACUUCCUGCCGCCGCACAUUUGAAGGCUUUAAAAUCACAUGUAUGUUUUUAUAUAUGACAGAUU